AUGUUGCCAGUCUAUCCGGAGGCGGCCAGAGAACGGGACCUGCACAGGUACUACCAGCCCUGGCUGGACGCCCAGAGCCUCGUCAAUGUCAACAGCCAAGGCGCCAGCCUCGCGCUGACCUACAAGGGCUUCCGCGCCCAGCCCUCGCGCGACAAGGCUCUCACGGCCUUUGCCCAGCUGGCCGCCCUGCGCCUGGGUGUCCGCCGCGCCAUGGUCUCGCUCGUCGACGCUCACCAGCAGUACAUCCUCUCCGAAGCCACCAAGACACUCUCGCUGAUCGACGACCUCCGCCAUGGCCCCGGCGACGAAAUAUGGCUCGGCCAGACCGUCAUUGCGCGGAACGACGGUGUUGAAGAGAACCUGUUCGGCUCCAGGUACACUGCGACGGACGACGACGGCAGCACCUACACGGGGGAGGGUCUGGUCAUUUCCGACCUGCGUCUCGACGACCGCUUCAAGGACCGCGAGUACGUCAAGAGCGAGCCGGCCGUCCGUUUCUACGCCGGUGUCCCCAUCAGAACCAAGGCUGGCCACCGAAUCGGCGCCUACUCCGUGUCCGACGAGAAACCCCGCCAUGGCUUGACCGUUGACGAGUUCAAGUUUAUGCAGGACGUGGCGGCUACCGUAAUGGAACAUCUGGAAAUGGCAAAGGACAGGGAUGACCGCAACAAGGGAGAGAGAAUGGUGCGAGGCCUGGCCGAUUUCAUCGAGGGUGUGACGGUCGAACCGGAGCAGCCAGUGUCAGCACACCUCAGCCCGACCAUUGCGCCCAAACCGUCCGAGGACGUGUUUGGAGCUACCUCCGUCAUGCGCACCCCCUCAUUUCGCUCCCAUUCGGCCACGCUGAAGAGGCAGACUGAGAAUUCGCGUAUCGAGGACAGGGAAUUCCCCAGGCCCACUCGCGGCCCAUCCUUUUCCUCGUCAACUCUGCCUGUGAGCAUUGCAAAACCCGAGAGGACUGAGCACGAAGACGACGUUGGCCAGGUUUUCCACCGAGCAGCGAACAUCAUUCGCUCCUCGACGGGCGCCGACGGCGUCGUCUUCUUUGGCACUGUCUCAAGCGACAUUAAGACCUCACCAAACGACCCCACUGGAGGCAUUGCCGAUCCAAGUGAUGAUUCACAGACUUCCGACAGCGGACCGCCUUCGAGUUCGGGUGACCAGAGGCUGCCUCGAAGGUCUAGGAAGUCUCCCGGGUCUGUUUCAAGCAUAUCCAAGGAGGCUGCAGCCGCCAUGGAAGGUGAGCAUAAUGCUCGCUUGGACAAAAUAUGCGAGGUGGUGGGACUGGCCACAGAUCCCUACACCAUGCGGGAAGAACCGCUCAGUGAAAAAAACUUCAAUUUCACGGAGCGCAGUAUGGAACGUUACAUCAAGAGAUUUCCCCAUGGCAAAUUCUUCAGCUUCACGGACCAAGGAGCGGGUAUCUCAUCAGAUGAGAAAUCUGACCCUGAGCACGUGAAAGCAGGCCGUGCUGCAAUUUCGACUACGGAUCAUCCUAAAAAGCCAAAGAAGAAGGAGAAGCUGAUCCCUACCGAGCUUCUAAAGGUCUUGCCCGGUAUCAGAAGCUUGAUCUUCCUGCCCAUGUGGGAUCCGACGGUCGAACGAUGGGUUGCUGGUGCUUUCAUCUGGACAUCAACCGCUGGCCGUCUGAUGAGUCCAGACAACGAACUACCGUAUCUCAAGGCAUUCAGCAACAGCAUCAUGAGCGAGGUUGCAAGAGUCAAUGCGCAGAAGGCGGAUAGAGCAAAGACCACUUUCAUCGCAUCCAUCAGCCAUGAGCUUCGUUCACCUCUUCACGGUAUUCUAGGAAGCGUGGAGUUCCUGCACGAAACCGCGGGCACGUCAUAUCAGGCAUCGCUUUUUACCUCUAUUGAAAUCUGCGGCAAAACUCUGUUGGACACCAUCGACCAUGUCCUCGACUACGCCAAGAUCAACAAGCUUGGGAGAAGUCACAAGCGAAAGAAGCACGAAACACGUCAAAAACAAAUUCCAAAUGGAAAUGACAACUCAGUCAUGGGUGUUACUGCCGAAUUCGACCUUAGUGCACUUGUCGAGGAAGUGGUUGAGGCUGUUUGUGCAGGCGAUGCGUUCAAGAAGGCCCAUGCUGGAGCAUUCCAUGACUCUGGCCCAGCAAUCAAAGCGUUUCGCUCGACGUCCGACGCAUUUGUCAAAGAUUCCGUCGACGUUCCGCCGACCACCGAGGAUCGAGAAGGUCGAGUCACCAUACUUCUCAAUGUUCACCCAAUGGGGGGCUGGAACGUCAAAACGCAACCCGGAGCCUUGCGACGAAUCGUCAUGAACCUGUUGGGCAACGCCCUCAAAUACACAACAUCAGGCCACGUCAUCGUCAAUUUGCACGCAUCAAGAAGCUCCGACCCUACCAGGUUAGAGGCACAUCUCCGCAUCGUUGACACUGGAAUCGGAAUGUCCGUCGAGUAUCAAAGGACUCGCUUGUUCUCACCAUUUUCCCAGGAGGACCCAUUCGCUGUCGGGACGGGAUUAGGCCUCAGCAUUGUCCGCCAGAUCAUAGACUCGCUUGGUGGAACGAUAGAUGUGAAGAGCACCAAGGAUGUCGGCACCGAAGUGAACGUCUUCCUGUCUUUGCCCCUGUCAGCGCAACAGGCAAAGGAUCCCGAGAGUACUAUCAUGCCUGCCGCCGUCUCGACAAGGGGCAUGACGGUUUGCCUGCUUAUACCCGAGGCCUCCAAGACCGAAACCUUCAGCGGAGAAGACUACCGCCUUAUCUCCUCAUUCCGGGACACCUGCUAUAACUGGUUCGAGAUGGAUGUCAACGAAUCUACCACGCUGCAAGGCAUUGAUGCCGACAUCUUUUUCGUCACCGAGCCUUCUCUGGUGGACAAAUUAUUCGAGUUCCAUGCCAGUAAGAGCGGCACCGCACCUCUCGUGAUAGUGUGCAGGAAUCCGAGCGAGGAGAUUGCACUCAAGUCUAGAGAGGAACACCGGCUGCAAGCCCUUGGGCGGCAUGUCAAUGUUGUUUCACAACCAUGUGGUCCGCGCAAGCUAGCAAGGAUAAUUUCGAGUUGUCUGAAGCACCUUGAGGAAUCGAAAAGCAAACCGGCAUGCAACCGAGCAAUCUCAGCGCCAGCAGUUCUCCGUGACCAGGAGAACGGGUACCAUCCUGGCCAGGCACCUCCCCUACCUCAUCGGAACGUGGUCUCACGCAGUAUGAGUGGGAGUGAGGAAAACUCUGGCCUUGAGGUUCCGGAGAGAUCGCUUCUUCGGGAUGCUAUCACCGCGUCUUCUGCCAAUCAUGCCACGGCCAUCGCGCCGACCCCGUCUGAGAGCGCGCUUAAUCGCGACCCCAGCUCUAUGGAUAACCCGCACCUCCGGAUCCUUGUCGUCGACGACAACCCGAUCAACUUGCAGCUCUUGGUCAUGUUCAUGAAGAAACACAAGUUCGCUUAUACCGAAGCUACGAACGGGCUCGAGGCUUUUGAGCGUUACAAGGAUGCCACAAUGGCGGUGAAACCCACAUCGCAGCACACUUCGAGCCCGGAGGGUUUCAAGAGCUUCGACUUCGUCCUGAUGGAUAUCUCGAUGCCUGUCAUGGAUGGCCUUGCAAGCACCCGAGAGAUUCGGAGAUACGAACACGAAAAGGGCGUUAUGCCAGCCAAGAUUGUGGCAUUGACUGGCUUGGCGUCUGCCCAAGCCCAGGAAGAGGCAAUGGGCAGUGGAAUCAACGAUUACCUCGCGAAGCCGGUUAAAUUUGCGGAGCUCAAAAAAUUGGUCGAGAAAAAGAGAGCCAAGAUUCUUAGCGGCGAAAGAUAA